AUGCGUCAGUCCGUUGCUCCAGGCCGUGCCUCUCAGGCCGCUGGAGCCUCACAUGCAGCCACCUCCAAACUAUUGGAAAAGAAGAAAGAAUUUGACGCGGUGUCUGCCCUAGAGCGAGCAAGCGCGUUGUAUUUGGAGCGUAUCGAAGCGAUCAGUGAAGAUUGUACAAUCAUGGCUGAUGCUGGACAAGGUUACCAUCAACAGUAG